AUGUGUUGCGUUCCAGCUGCCAUAACUUGCCUGUCUGAAAGGUUAAAAGUCAAGUAUGUAGUCUUUAUUUUUGCUGACCUUUUAUAGACCUUUUUUUGCGCAUAGCUUUGUGUGACAGGUUAAUGCGGUUUCGUACAUUCAGAACGUCCUUAACAAGUUAUUUCAGUUCUGACCGCAACUUUUGUUCCUUCCGUCUUCGAUGAGAGUUGAAAUAUUUUCAGGCAUAAAAUAUUUUGCUUCGACACCCUAUCCCCUUCCUCUUUGUUCUCUUUCCCCAUUCUGCAUGUUCCCGGGUUUUGUUUGAGUUUCCACGCCAACUUUCAAGGAAGUAGGAUGCCAGUACGAGCUGCUGUGUAAUGGUAGAAGGAGAGGUGGUUUGGGAAUAAGAGUCGGAACAGAAGAUCCAUGCACGCAGUGAGAAAGAAGAGAGAUUCAAAGGCUCGAAGGAAAAAUUGAUUACAAAAGAGACAAAUUUUCUUGAACUUUAUCUCUAACGUAGAUCGCAGGAUCUAGUUCGCACACUCUUCGCCUGUGUUUCUCUGUGUGUGCCCUGUAUUGUAAGACUGUAAUUAGAAUAUAUGCAUGCGUGACAGCACGUGUGUAUGGAUGUGCACACUCGAGGACGAAUCGUAGAGACACCUUAUCUCAACGACUGCAGGAAGCGUAGGGGAUCCAUUUUGAGCUGCACUCACGUUACUGAGACGGACUCAACUGUUAAGUUUUGCAGAGGCAGGCCUGGGCCAAGCAUCUACCCAGCAGCCUUGAGAGCUGGUGGUAAGGUCAUGUGAUCAGGCCUGGCUAAGGCCGAUCAAGGCCUUAUCAUCACUGGUCAGCUGGCUGGAGCAGAAUGCCACACCCUGACCGAGAUGGGCGGCUUUGUGGAUUCCUUAACAUCGAGGAGACAGAGAUGAGCGGCAGCUUCUACCGCCGCUAUUUCAUCCUUGACAGUGCCAACCGAAAGUUUGCUUACUACAUGGACAGCCCAUUGAGCCUGCCAGAAUCAUGGAGGAAUCCAGUGGGUGAAAUCUAUUUGCAGUAUAUCAAUAAGGUUGGUGAUGCCAGAAAGAUGAGACCAAAAGUGCCGCAUUGCUUUGUUGUCAGUGUCGCGGGACGGCAGUACUUUCUACAAGCUGAAGAUGACCAUAGCAUGGAGGAGUGGAUUGAGGCUCUCAAUAAUGCCAGCAAAAUCACAGUCCCGCGACAUGAACGGACAUACCAAGGAACUGAGUGGCAUGCUGGUGACCUGAGCCAGACAGGUUAUGUCACAGAAAUUAUUGGAGGUGUUGUCUGCAAGAUGCCAAUGCAGAUGCCUGAAGAUGUGGACAGUGAGACAGAAGAUGAUGAAUCUCGAUCAUCAUCUUCUGGAAAGAUUUCCCCAUCGAGUUCUGUUUCUCGACAUCUAAAUGCCCUUGGGCGGGAAUGUAGCAGUGCAGAGCAUCACAAACCAAUCACAUCAAAUACAGUUACACCUAUCAGAGCAGGCUAUGCUGUGAAACAGGGGGCUGUGAGAAAAAGUUGGAAAAGGCGAUACUUUAUACUUCACGAGCAAGGACUGUCAUACUUCAAAGCAGAACAUGACAAGCAUGCCAUCAGAACUAUACACACUGUAGACAUCUUAGAAGCAAAACAAGCAGAAGGAACGAACCUUAACAGAGACAACUUGUUUGAAUUAAUUACAAGUAAACGAAUAUUUUAUAUACAGUGUGAUUCACCAGCAGAUAUGCAGGGCUGGAUUGAUGCAGUGCGCUUAGCAGUUCGAACCAGGAAGUUGGAAGAGCGAAAGUCAAUGCAGGAGGCAGAAGGAGGGCAGCAUGUGGAACCAGACCUUGGACACACAUACCCUGAUCCAAUCUGGGUUCACAGCCGUUCGCCACGGGAGGGCCGUCUAGGAAGACAGAAGAAGAAGACUUGGUCUUUAUGGUGACAUGCAUCUCUACAGAAGUGACAUUUUCCCCUCUACCGCGACCCGCCAUGUUCAUUUCGUUAUCACUAUCAUUAUGAUCGCAUGGAUUCGUGAUAUGACUAACUUAUUUGUGUGUGAUGUGCCCUUCGCUGAGUACAGCCAGUUACGCACAGCAACAUUUAUUAUUAUUAUUACUUUUAUUUGUUCGCACGAUGCACCAAGUGUUGGUGGCGCCCUAGAGAACUCAGUGCAUUUCUUGGUCUGCCUGGCCUGCUUCGCUGGAAUAGCUGCUCUCGGUGGCCAUGCUAACAGUGUCUGUGUGCUUAGUCUUCGUGCUGUUGUGACCUGAUUACAGGAAGAUGUGAGUGUAUGUGUGAGGGAGGGAGGAUGCCGACACGAUUUCACCGCGAACCCAACCACUGGAAUCUCAAAGAGGAAGUCGCGCCGCAAAAGAUUUCGACAGAACUCACAGCCUGUGGACGAUUUCCAAACAAUAGGAUUGGCUCGUGCGGCUCAUCCUUGUAAAAGAUGGUGGGACGUGAAAGGCAGUAUUUUACCAAAAGACUUUUAAAUGUGACGGGAAACGAGAUGUGUGCUGUUGAGUGGGCUUUACUCCGAGAUGUCUAGAUGCCAUUUUCAUUUUCAGCUAGAGUCGUGGAGCUUGGACGAGAAAACAAAACGUGGGCGAAUGAAAAGCAAAACGUGACACUUGAAACACUCGACACCUGUGUUCAUUCUUGGUUCUCAUGAAGAGAAAACGGUUGCAAGGAGACGGAUUUCUCGACUCGUGAUGUCUUUCAAGUCGUGCCAUUAACCAUAGCAAAUUUUGAACCACGUGGGAAGCAUGCUUAUUUACUUUUGCCUGCGCUUGUGCUUAUCAAGCAGACGAGUGUUGUCCACAAUGUACCGCCCUAAUAAUGUUGUGCAGCAUGUAGGGGUCUUGGGAAGUGUCCUGCCAGUCUACGGUCUGCUGGACACAAGGUGUACAUUGGUUGCAGGCUCUACGGAAAUUUCAGCGGCGUCCGAAUAAUGAGUGUAAGGGAAGGAACGAACUGAGGACAGAUGAAAGAUAUAAUUAGCUUCAGUGAGAGCAUCUUUCUCAUGUCCAUACAAAAAAAAAAAAAACCGCCUUUAAAGCCUGUUGGUUCAUUUAUAUCGGUCAUCAUCAUUUGUAAUUCGCAUAGUUCUCUAAAGAAUAGAGCAAUUAUUUAUAUGGUUGAUUAUUUAUAAACGUUUCUAACUGUCGUGAAUAGGACAUCAGGUAGUUUCCGUAUUGAUGACCACAGCUGACUUGAAUAUUUCGAGUUGUGGGCAUUGGUAGUAAGCACAGCUUGUCUUUCUUGCCUCCUAGACCUUGUAGUCGCUUUGAAUGUUCAUCUGCCACGUUAUUCAUACGAAACUCGCCUUCACGUCGGCUGAGAGCCAAGCAAAAUUACAUUUUAACAAUUAAAAUGAAAGAGAAUGUAAAGCCUCAAAAUCUUUACCUAAACGGCGCGCUGUCGUCACAUAUAAGAACGAGUAACAGAUAUGAGUCACAAGGAUUUUGACACCAACGAGGGACAACAAAGUUCCUUCUUUUGCUUUCAUUUCUUCCUCGGUUCUUUUUCCAUGCCUUUGUCGGUUUGUCAUUAUAUGUUGAUCUCGAUUCCUUAACAAAGAUUUAGUAUGUGAAUCUCUUUGUCCUUUAUUAUGUACGUUCAUCUGAGUUUUCCGGUUUGAAUGUUAUUAUGUUCCUGCAGGUGUCAUCUGCUCAAGGCGAGGUCAGAGGCAAUACGCUCAGUCCAAUUAUUUGAUGACAGCUCCUGUUUCGUAUUUUUAAUUCCUCAAGGAAAAAGAAAGAUUCUAGCAGUUAGGAACACUGGUGAAUUAUUGACGAGUAGACUGCAAGGUUGUUCAGGAAGAGUUCAGCUUCUGUCAACCCGACCACAUUUGAUGGCCGGUUCUUCUCUUCCCCUUCUUCCCUCUUACAGUUGCUGUCAGUCCAGCAAGCCAGUUCUCAACGACCAUCACCACACACACACACACACACACAGUACAAAUAGAUGUCAUAGAAUUUAAUUCCGUUUCUCUAAAAUGACCUCAAUUUUUUUUCUUGUGAAGAUUAGUAUCUUUUUGCGGGUUCUCUUGCUUGGUGCUGCAUUUUUUGGUGGAAAAAUGAUAGGAGCAAAGAUUCUCUUUGAUAGGAGAGGAUAACUGGUGCACAGCAGCUUCGUGUACCUGAUACUGAGACCCUCUAGCACCUCGGCUGCAUGCGCACCUGAGCUUUGUAUUGUUUGUUGUUUAUCAGCCUGGAAAUGUGUGGGGACUAGGCUCAUUUUCCAAAGUGUGAAGCAAAAAAUGACAGCUGGCAUUUAUCAUUAGAAGAUGUACUUUGACUGUGGAGCUGAAAUUUUUUCUAGAUCCAUUGGACAUUUCGAGAAGGCCAUCCUUCACAAAGGGCAUAAGGCUUGUGGCCAUUAUACCCCAUCUUCCACAUGAAGUCAACAUCAAUCGGUCAGACUGUUUUGUCAAGUUUAGAAAGUAAAAUUAUGCCAAAUCUGUUACCGUAGGAGAAAGAUCCCCUUGGGAUGAACCAAUAAUAAUAAUGAAGGUAAUUUAUACGGUGCAUUUUCAUCAAGGCAUCCUGGGGCAACCAUUUGAAAAAAAAAAGGUAGGCGGGAGAGGGACAGAAAAUACCGUUGAUUCAGAUGAGAAGCAGGCCAUUUGAUUGUCGAUCUAAGAUACAUUUUUUUAAGACCAUGACUAAUGGCACAUUGCUGGCUAUUCAUUUUUUGCUCACUUGCAAAAUUCGCCACAGGCAGCCAAAUGCACUUUCUCCACUAAUAAUAAUUUUACAAAAAAUAGUCUUUUUACUGUUUAGAGUGAAAUUAUUCAAAGGGGCGAAGAUAUCGGCGAUGCAACCAUUAACACUUCUGGGUUAAUCUGGGCACAGAGACAAAAACUGUUAUUUUCUUACUCUCUCCGCACUACCGCAGUAAUGUCACGUGAUUAUUUUGUAGGAAGCGUUAUCAAACACGUGCAUUAGCUAUUUAAGUCUCGAAUGGAAAACAACCCUUCCCCUACAAAAAGAAAAGAAAAAAAAAACCCCAACAAGUUGAAAACUUUUCUCCAGUCUUUUGUCUCGCCAUGAAAUAUCCGUUAAAAAGAAAAUUCGACCUGAAAUGUGGGUUUAUCUUGCUUAAACAUAUGCUUCAUUAAAAAAAAGGAUGAAGAACCUUUCAACUUUUCCCUCUCUUCGAUGUCAUUGUACGCCAUCUCCAUUUUGUAUUUUUGGAGACAUUUGUAAAAGGCAAGCCUUGAGGAGAUAGCAUAUUGAUCAGGGGAAUAGGGGGAUAGCAUAUUGAUCAGGGGAAUAUGCUCUUGUAACUGGAUUUGAUGCGAGCAGUUGGUGAUGUGUUGCAGUUCCGAGGUGUUGUCUGCAAAAGGAAGACGGAGGAGAGAGAAUUUUAAAAAACCUGAACGGAAGCGCUUCAGACUGAAGGCUAUUCGCAAUUUUAAAGGCCGUUCCCUUGUAGGAAGCACCUACACCACCAAAGCUCAUUAUCUCAAAUGUGGCGAAAUGUCGUCAAGAAGCUUCCAGCUGUCUGUACACCCAGGCCUGUGCUUUACAAUUACAAAUGCACAAUUUUCUUUCUCUCCAAAAAGACAGAGGUUGUCUCUAACUCUGCUGCCACCGUCCAUAUUAGACACUUAAACUGGAGAACAUUUCUUUUCAACUUAAGACAGCGAAACAAAGAAUAAUUAAAUUAUGGCUGUUAUGUUAUUUAAACAAAUUCUAUUCCAAAUAAUCAGUGCAAUUAGUGAGGUUAGUGGAAAGAAUUGUCGCAGAGCUGGUGGCGUUCGCCUCAACUCGAGGUCGAGCAUUCAGUGGACAGACUCUGUUCUAAUCUGACAACCACCGAUGCCCGUGCUCACCUUUAGUAAGCAAAGCAAUGAAAGAAUUUCAUUAUCUUGGUUGAUACACCAUGUUGCAGAAACAAAAUAAAAUGUCAUUCCAUCGCAGAAUGAAAAUAAAAGUCGAUCAAAAGGAAAAUAACGAGACGCAUACACGAUACAGUUCUUGGACAUUUUACUUUCCUUUUUGCAACGUCGAACCACAUUAUUGUUUUUCUUCGAUUUGAGAAUUUUCUAGACGAUACAUUUCCUGAGCUUGUGACCUUCAUGUUAUCUGUGUUUCAAAAGACUGGAUGCUACAAGGAGAUUGUGCGUGUAAACUGUUUUUGUUGCUUGGUUUUGGCCAUCGAGGCUUUGUAGGCUCCCGUCUUUCCACGAGCAAAUCCUUAGCAGCACGUCUUCUAGAUUCGUAGCUUGUGAUAAUGCCAUCUUUAAUAUAGUUAUGUAGUUACUAUCUUUCUCAUCGUGUGGGCAUAAUCAUCUCAGUGUUUGAGUGGGUCAGACAUGAAGAUCUCAAUGCUGACACUCAUAUAUAUGCGCGUGCGUGUGUGUGUGUGUGCUUGAACGCUUGAACGUGUGUGGCCUUGUGUUAAUAAAGGUGUCCAAGUGUAUCCUGUUCGCAUGCAUGGACGAGACAAUGUAGGAUAUAUAUAUACAUUGCAAGUUUUGUAUGUACCGUCCUGCAGACAGACGUCUUCAAAAAAUACCCAGAGGAAAGGAAUGAAUGAAAAAGGGUCUUUAGUGCUUUCUUGCAUUUUUCUCGAAACCGUGAGAGGAAGUUUAUAGGAGCAUGAAAGGAAGUUUGAGAGGCUUAAAAGAGAAGAUAACCUACAUUUGCCUCUUGAUCUUUGGUUGUUUUUUUUUGUUUUUUGUUUUGUUUCUUUUUUUUUUUUUGGAAUGAGGGGAGGGGUAGGUCGGGGCUUCGUGAAUAAGCACCGGGAAGCAUGGAAGAUGAAUCUCUAGGGAAAAUCUUGAUCCAUGGAUAACCUCUAGUUAUCACAACCAGUUUCUAAUCCAUUUCUGUGAGGUCUUUACAGCGUUUUCCUGUUGUCACAUCCAUGAUAUCAACUGUCUCACUUCUCACAGAUGCCUCGGGUAUGGACGUGUGCAAAGUGUGUGCGCAUCUUCUAGGUUGAAAUUCCGCAGCCUAGGAAUUCAUGAUCAUCGGCUGAUUAACCAGAAUGAUCAUUUUAACACUCUUAUAUUUCCUUCGCAUGGAUUGUUCUGAGAUAAGAACAAUGACAACUAUGAUGAUGAUGAUGAUGAUGAUGAUGAUGAUGAUUGUUUUAAUGUAAGGUAUCUUCCUUGCAAAGUGCUACCACCCACAUGAGUUUAAUUUAAAGCUCACAAUCAUCAAGGAAGGCAUGCCAUGGACCGGUGGAACAGCCUUAUGUUUAACGAUUUUGUCACAUUUGUAUUAUCACAGCUACUUCAAUAGACAGAGCUUUUGUAAAAGUGUUCACUGGUGCCUGCAUUGCAUUCAGAAUCUACUUUAAAAAAUAUUCUAAUGCCUUUACAUAAUUAUAUUCGUCUUUUACAGCCUAGUGGGAUGCGAAAUUUUUGUGACUUGGAAAAGCUUAGUGCAAGAUACUACUUCCACAAAUCUGUGCGAAUACAUCCCGUCCCUUCACGACAUACAAACCUACAAAUAUUCCCCUACACCAAGAACGGUCUGACUUCAUGAUAGUACAAAGAAAAAGGUGUAGUUAACCCAGAUUUGGAAAAAUACUAUCUUGCACUGAACUUUAUAAAUCAUUAGAAGACAUUUGCAUUAGUCCUUUAAGUGUUGUCCUUCUGGACGUUGUGAAUGUGUUUGUGUGUGCUUGGUCUGCUCUAACGGACUUGCCUUUAGUGCAGCUCUGCUUUCGUCAUGUAAAGAGUAUAACCGAAUUCCUUUUUUUCCUCCAAUGUCGAAUUUAAUUCUUGUACUUGUGUUCUGUAAGUAAAUGUUGAGGAAACAUUACCUGAAAAGGUGUGUGACUACGUAACACAUUCUCGGGCAGCUGCCAGAAUGUGGAUUUUGACCCCGCGGUCAGGGUCAAAGAUGUGGCAUCUGUGUAAGGCUGAAAUUUGUUUCACAAUGAACUGCAGAGGUGUUGUACAAUCGUGUUGAGUGUCUGGUGGUCAGAUAUGAGGGAAAAGGAACUACUUGCGAUAAAAA